GCCCGCUGCGAUAAGGCAGCUAAGCCCCUGCCUGGGCCGGGCUCUCCUGUUACCCCCCGGGGCACCGCCGCGGGGUUGUUUUCCCCACCUAGGAGCUAGGCUCGAUCCUUCCUCCCUUUGCCUGUAAGGGAGGCAGCGUGUUUGUAAACAUGCUUCCAGACAGCCCGAGGCAUGCGCCGCUGCCUGGGUUAACCCACGCGGGAGACAGCCCUGGAGCGAGGUCGAGCCACGGCGAGAUGCAGCUGGCACCACUGCCCUUCUACAGGAAGCUCUGUUACGCCAUAGGUGGUGCUCCGUACCAGAUGACAGGAAACGCCCUCGGGUUCUUCCUCCAGAUUUUCCUACUGGACGUUGUGCAAUUGGAAGCGUUCCAUUCCUCUCUGAUCCUUUUCCUUGGGCGAGCCUGGGACGCAGUUACAGACCCCACUGUCGGCUUCCUGGUCAGCAAGAGCCCCAGGAGGAGGCUUGGCAAGCUGAUCCCAUGGAUUGUCUCCUCCACGCCGUUCGGGGUGGUCUUCUACUGCCUGGUCUGGUCCACCCCCUCGGACGCCAUGCCUGUCUCCCUCAAGUUCCUUUGGUACCUGACCACGUACUGCUUCUUCCAGACAAGCAUGACUUGCUAUCAUGUGCCUUAUUCCUCCCUGACCAUGUUUCUGGGAGGGAAUCAGCGAGACCGGGAUUCGGCCACUGCCUACAGAAUGGGGGUGGAGGUGUUCAGCACGCUGGUCGGCUCGGGUAUCCAGGGGCAGAUAGUCGGCAGGUACCACACCAGCAUGAUGAAAAGCUGCAGCGUGCCCAAUGGGACUCUGUACAACAGCACCGCCCUGGGGCUCACCGACACCUUGGAGAACACACGCAGGGCGUACGUGAUCGCCUCCGUGGUCCUGGGCUCGCUCUACUGCAUGGCCUGCCUGAUUCUCUUCCUCGGAGUGAAGGAGCAGCCUGGGCCCCUCAGUCCCUUGGGAAAGACCCAGCUGCCCUUCUUUCACAGCCUGCGACUAAUCCUGGGACACCAGCCCUACGCCUGGCUGCUCUGUGGCUUCCUCUUCAUGUCCCUGGCCUUCCAGAUCGCUCAGGGGAUCUUUGCCUUUUUCUGCACACAUGCUGCUGGGCUGGCUGGGAAGUUCCAGCACUUGGUGCUCAUCAUGCUGGUCGUGGCUUCCCUCUCCAUUCCCUUCUGGCAGUGGUUUCUGGUGCGUUUUGGGAAAAAAACAGCUGUGUUCGUGGGCCUAUCAUUAAUUAUCCCUGCUCUCAUCGUUAUCACCCUAGUGAGUCACAACUUCCUGGUCUUCGUCUUCAUGGUGGUAUUAGCGGGAUGCAGCCUGGCUGUCCUCUACUUGUUACCCUGGUCCAUGCUACCAGACGCGGUGGAUGAUUUCAGGCUGAAGAACCCGAACUAUCUAAACCUGGAAGCUUUUUUCUACUCGUUCUAUGUUUUCUUCAACAAGUUUGCAGGAGGACUCUCCUUGGGGAUAUCAACAAUGAGCCUACAUUUUGCAGGUUACAGAGCCAGUGACUGCACACACAACCCCUCUGUCAUCCUCACGCUGCGGAUACUCAUGGCCCCUGUCCCAAUAACCCUGCUGCUCAUUGCCAUGACCAUAUUCUGCUUCUACCCCAUCGAUGAGGAGCGGAGGAAACAGAUGAGGGUGGAGAUGGAGGCAGCUGGUCAUUGGGUAAAGAAUGGAAACCCAGGGUAAACUAAUGUCGGGAAAUGCACUUGGAAAGAAUCCAGUAUUGCUACAUGGCCAUGAGGAUGCAUCAGUGUAAUUUAAAGGCCCAGCUGCCUGUUGUUGCUGAUUUUCCCCAUCACAAAGGACACAGCUCUGCUUACUGCCUUUCCCUGUGCCAGCCCAGCCCUGCAGUGCUUCCGCAGUGAGGCCUGCAGAGCUGGCGUGACCCCACAGCACUGCGUUCUGCAUGGCUUAGCUUUCGCUUUGCUGCCUGCUCUGGCACACUCAAAACAGGACCACAGGGUGGGGGAGAUGUGGGGAGAAAAGAGAGAGUUUCUCUUUGGAAGAUCAGGAUCAUUAGUACUGAGAGCUAAGUUUGGGGGGAAAUACAAUUUUUUUAGGAAGGGUAUGGUAUGCAUACUAUAUUUCUAGGUCAUCAAACUGGCAAGAUGAAGUCUCCUACACUGUACUAACCCACCCAUCUCAUAAGGAACAAAGGAAUUGUCACACCAGAACAGACAGAUGGUCCAGCUCAUCCAGGAUCCUACCUCUGAUAGUGGAAUGGUCAAUGCUGGCUGCUUCAGAGGAAGGUGUCAAACACCUCCUUAACGAUCCUGACUGAGUAAUACUGUACCUGUGCGGAGAUGAGGGAGGAAGGGUCCUUUUGACCCCAUGUGGUGAUCAGUUCCUGCCUUGCAGCACGAAGAUUUACUUCUGUCACGUUCCUAGGUAAAGGUAGGCAGGACUAGUGGCAAGAGCUUGGGAUCCCAAAACUGAAGCCAGGGAUCAGAGUCAAUAGUCAAGCCAAGGGUCUAGCCAGAGUCAGAAAUCAUGUCCAGGGUCAAUACCAGGUAUCGGGGUCUGUGUUGGGUUUCCAGGGGUUGAUUAGGAGUCAGAAUCAGAGUCAGAGCAAGGUCAGUGCCAGGAGUUCAGAAGUACGGUAGCUAGCUAGGAAUCCACAUUGUUGCCUGGACACUUCCUAGUACACCCCAUGGGCAUCUCUAUGGUCAAAGAACCAAUCAGGGAUCGCUAGACCACUGUCAGUCAGAUCACCUGAGGUGGAAUUUCCUCGGUAGGUUGUAGGUCACAGGGAGUGGCCCAGGUGACAGUGUAGGGAUGUUGGUUGCCUUGUAGCCCUGCGCAGACCUGGGAUUACAACCUCCCUCAUGCAGAGCAGCUGACUCACUGUUCUCCAUCCAGAACGCCAAGCCAAAGAGAACUGCUGAAUUCAGCCACUUGGAACUGUGGGUUAGAUACAGCGUAGGUAGUCACUCUGACACGCUGUAACAUGGGUACCAGGUCUGGGUAUUACUGCCGGUUAUUGACAGGGCUGAAGGAAGCCUGGUAGAUGUAGGUUGUGAGGCUUGGGAGGGGUAAGGAAAAGUGGUUCACUGCCUGUUGUCAAUAGCUAAGCACCUGCCUUCAUCAACUACCACAGAGCUACAGUAUUUUGAUCACCUGCUGGCAUGAUGCUGUUCCUGGAGAGUGGCCAGUAGGAUGAUCCUAGUUCACCUUGUUUCCCAGAGGGCUGGUCCCCGGUGUUUGUAAAGACAGAAUCUAUUAAUCUUCGGAAAGAUACCAAAGUUCAAGUGUAGAAACUUCAAAGAGAAGCACAUGCUCCAAAGGAGAAGUAUACACACCACACGACUGCUAGUAUCACUAUUUCCAAAACCAACCAUGGUUCCCUGCCUCGGGUUCAUUAGCAGGCCGUUCAGCUAGUUAUCAAUCAGAUGAAUGUCUCUGUGACAGGGGUCACAGGAAUGGACUAAGCCACCUGCGAUCUUGCUUUCUUAGGGGUUUAUUACAAGGUCUGCCCUGUGCCUGCCAUCUGCAGGGGUGUCAAAUUCACUCAGUGGAAACGGCUGAAUUGCACUUUUAAUAGUUUCUAGAACAGCUCUACAAAAUCAGCAUCUUGUACUACCUUCAGCACACCGCAAAUGUCCCACCGCACAGAGAUCAAGGGUUGGGUCUGGCCCUUCUGUAGUGACUAAACUUUCAGUAAGUAAAAUUUAAUUGCCUUUGGCAUCAUGCAUUAGCUUGUUAUUUUUCAGGCCAGUGCC